CUUGUAGAUUUUCAGUGGAAACUGGGGAUGGCAGUGAGCUCAGACAGUUGCAGAUCUCUCAAGUAUCCUUACGUUGCAGUGUUGCUGAAGGUGAUGGAUCAUUCAGGCCAAGUGAAGAACAAGUCCUUUGAAAUGACAAUUCCACAGUUUCAGAAUUUCUACAGACAGUUCAAGGAAAUUGCUGCAGUUAUUGAAACUGUGUGAAAACUGAUUACUUGGUUGAUAAGUUAUGGCCAUCAUUCUAAAAUCGUGGACUUCACUUUCUGUAACAAACUGUAUAUGGAUCCAAUGAUAUUUAUUGACUGAAAAUUGUACUUUUGUUUUUCUAUUUUUUAAUAAUAAAAAAUCACACAAACAGGAA